AAUCCGUGAGCCAAGUCCGUGAAAUCCGUGGAUAUUUUUAGCAGAACCGUAAAAGGGUGCAAAAAGAAGGCGCUGAGCAUAAUAAUAAACAUAUUGCCGCCUACCACCGUGUGGUUGUUGCUGCGUGCGAAGAAGCUCGCUAGAAGCCGUUUUCCAGAAGCGUUUUCCUGCGUGCGUGCCAUCAUCGAUCGGUAGCGUAAACAAAACCCGAAAACCAGCAAACCAGCAGCACCACCAUGGCAAACGUCUGUGAACCUCUCACGCUGGCCAAAGAUGUGAAACGAUCGAUAGAGCUGCUGGAAAAGCUACAGAUGAGUGGGGAGGUUCCGGCCACCAAACUGGCCGCCCUCCAGAAGGUGCUGCAGAGCGAUUUCCUGAACGCGGUCCGGGAGGUGUACGAGCACGUCUACGAGACGGUCGAUAUUCAGGGUUCGCUUGAUGUGCGAGCGUCGGCCACAGCCAAGGCAACGAUCGCGGCGUUUGCCGCAAGCGAGGGUCACGCCCAUCCGCGCGUCGUGGAGCUGCCAAAGACGGACGAGGGGCUCGGGUUCAACGUGAUGGGCGGCAAGGAACAGAACUCACCGAUCUACAUUUCCCGCAUCAUUCCGGGUGGUGUAGCCGAUCGGCACGGUGGGCUGAAGCGCGGCGAUCAGCUGCUAUCGGUGAACGGUGUCUCGGUGGAGGGCGAAAACCACGAGAAGGCGGUGGAACUGCUGAAACAGGCGGUCGGUUCGGUGAAGCUCGUCGUCCGCUACACACCGAAGGUGCUGGAGGAGAUGGAGUUGCGUUUCGAUAAGCAACGAGCGGCCCGAAGACGUCAGCAGUACUAAGUAGCCGGGUCGCCGUCGGCGUCGCGGCCGUUUCCCCGUUUUGUAAUCCCCAUGGAAACGUUCCGUUUCGUUUAGCCAAACUACUCCGCAGCGUGCUGCGAUUAGGAGGGGGAGGAGCUGGUGUGAAUCCGUAUCGUGUGUAUGUGUUCGUGUUCAUGUUAUUUGUGUGUUCCCCGUAAACCGAUUCUCAUUACUCUGCGAUACCGGAGUAAAACGCUGGAGGCAUCUUAUUCGUAUAAAAAAAGAAGUGAGGAUCGAA